AUGGACCCACCUCCUCCCGAUCCGACGGAUCCGAUGGAUGAACCGAUGGACCUCGAUUCAAUGGAUCAAACUGAGCCUACUCUCAACGGCGUCUCCAAUGGAUAUGAUCACGACCAUGCAGCAGCUACGGAGGAAUCAUCACCUCCGCCGGCUGCCCACUCACCGAACGACGAGUCUUCGGCCCCUCUGGACCUAUCCGAAGAAGCAUUGCUUGCUUCUGAUCCUGAACUGGAGGACCUCGAUGCAGACCGCGCAGACGGUGUCACCAACGAACUCCCGGUGAGCAUCUACAAACACAUCCCCGACGCGGGCUACAUGAACACGCGCUUUACCCGCUCUCUGUUCCCUAAUUUCGUGAUCCCCGAACAGGCUCACAGAAGGCCCGUUCCUUUCAUCGAGCUUCAGCAUUUAGAAGAUUCAGUCGGUUUUCGUUAUCGCUCAGAGAGCACUAUCAGUGACCUUUAUUACGAGGUGUAUCGAGACGAAGACGUGCGAGAAGACGAGAUCGUCAUGGCUCUUACACGCGCUAACGGAUCGUGUGCUAUGCGUUUCUCCGAACCCGCGGCAUCCCAAACCGACCUCUCGAUACUGUGUGACAAUGUUCGUCAUGUGCUUCCACUACACCCGGAAGAAGGUCUGGUCCCCUUGCACGUGUGGAAACUCGACGAUAGUGAGCGGGCAUGGUUAGACGACAGAGCUGGUGAAUUCGAGAAUUUCCGUCUCCAUAACGAAGAAUCCAAGCUUCCGCAUGUCCAAGGUAUUCAACAUGGCUUGCUCUGCUUUGGCAGCCAUUAA